AUGGUCGUGGCCCCCUGACGGGCCGCGGCCGCCUCCAUGAAGCGGAAGAGCGAGCGGCGGCCGACCUGGGCCGCCGCGCCCCCCUGUUCACGGCGCUGCUCGUCGACCUCGCCGAGCGUGAAGAAGAGCCGGAGCUCCACGUCGCAGGACCUGCACCGCCUGGACCUCCAGGAUGACCUGUACCUGGACAUCACUGAUCGCCUUUGUUUUGCCAUUCUCUACAGCAGACCAAAGAGUGCAUCAAAUGAACAUUAUUUCAGCAUAGAUAAUGAACUUGAAUAUGAGAACUUCUACGCAGAUUUCGGACCACUCAAUCUGGCAAUGGUUUACAGAUAUUGUUGCAAGAUAAAUAAGAAACUCAAGUCCAUUACAAUGAUAAGGAAGAAAAUUAUUCAUUUUACUGGCUCUGAUCAGAGAAAACAAGCUAAUGCUGCUUUCCUUGUUGGAUGUUAUAUGGUUAUAUAUUUGGGGAGAACUCCUGAAGAUGCCUAUAGAAUAUUAAUCUUUGGCGAUACAUCCUAUAUCCCUUUCAGAGAUGCUGCCUACGGAAGCUGCAAUUUCUACAUUACUCUUCUCGACUGUUUUCAUGCAGUGAAGAAGGCAAUGCAGUAUGGCUUCUUAAAUUUCAACACAUUUGACCUUGAGGAGUACGAACACUACGAAAGAGCAGAAAAUGGAGAUUUAAACUGGAUAAUACCAGACCGCUUCAUGGCCUUCUGUGGACCUCACGCAAGAUCCAGACUUGAAAGUGGUUACCAUCAACAUUCUCCUGAGACUUACAUUCCAUAUUUUAAGACUCACAAUGUCACUACCAUUAUCCGUCUGAAUAAAAGGAUGUAUGACGCCAAGCGCUUCACGGAUGCUGGGUUUGAUCACCACGAUCUUUUCUUUGCGGACGGCAGCACCCCAACCGAUGCCAUUGUCAAAGAGUUUCUGGAUAUUUGUGAGAAUGCCGAGGGUGCCAUUGCCGUGCACUGUAAAGCCGGCCUCGGUCGCACAGGCACUCUGAUAGCCUGCUACAUCAUGAAGCACUACAGGAUGACAGCCGCCGAGACCAUCGCGUGGGUCCGCAUCUGUAGACCCGGCUCUGUGAUCGGGCCCCAGCAGCAGUUCUUGGUCAUGAAACAAGCCAGCCUCUGGAUAGAAGGGGACUACUUUCGGCAAAAGUUAAGGGGGCAGAAGAAUGGAGCACAUCGGACAGCGGCUGCCUUCUCCAGACUCCUCUCGGGUGUUGAUGACAUUUCAAUAAAUGGUGUGGAGAAUCAGGACAAGCAGGAACCUGAACCGUACAGCGAUGACGAGGAAGUCAGUGGAGUGACACAAGGUGACAGACUCCGGGCCCUGAAAAGCAGAAGACAAUCAAAAACUAACACUAUCCCGCUCACAGUAAUUCUCCAGUCCAGUGUUCAGAGCUGUAGAACACCUGAACCUGACAUUUCUGGCAGUGCAGGCAUUACUAAAAGAACCACCCGAUCUGCUGCGAGGAAAGGCAGUUUUAAAAGCAAGUCUGCAUGACUGUGACGAGUUCCUGGGUGACGAGUGCUCUGACCACGGCGGAAACCCCAGAGACCAGAGGGAUGGGCUGAACCAGGCCAAGCAACCACGGACUGGAACUCUGGAACCUGGGCCAAGCUUGUCAGCUCCGGUCACAGCGACGGCAAGCUAACACGAACAGACAGACCCACAGCAUCUGGAGCUUCUACCGAAAAUCGGUGAAUGCUAUCCAGCAGAGGAAGAGUCUGCUCCUCGCCGUCAUCCACACAGGGACCAGGUGACAGAUUCUAAAUUCUACCACUGGAAUGCUUCAGUGUACCCUGAAGGUCAGUAACUUAAAGAGAAUGUAAUUAGUGACGCGAUGACCAGCUUAUCUCUCGAUCAACAUCUGUAAACAUCCCUAAAUACCCGUACAACUUCCAGCGUCUGACAAACAGCUCAGUGUCAACCAUGCAAACUGGGGCUCGGAACCCAGAGCCUCCCUGGCCACCCUCCAGGCCACGGUGGCCACUGCCACCCAGGAAAACUCCUGCAGUGUGGUGGUGGGAACAGAGCUGCUGACACCAAGGCCCCAGGCUCCCCAUGUGGGUCCCAACGGCAGUGACGCGCAAUGCUCAUGGGGAGGGUGGGGCCAGCGUGGUCUAAGACAACACAGGCGGCCACGCUUUGCAGUGGCGUGUCCAGGAGCUGCACCGCCUGGGAGAGGAAAGGUCAGUCGUCAGAGGUGAGUGCCAACACUUCCAGGUGAGCAGAGCCUGCGCCGCCACCUGACUGCCGGGUACCCCAGGCCACCAGGUUGAGUUCCCACCACCACCUGAUGACGCCUGGCCAUAAUGCCCAUCACAGCAGGAGGAAGCCCAGCGCCUGCUUACGUCAUCUCGGUACCGUGACUUGUGGAUGACCACGGCCUUGGAAGGAACCGACGAUUCUGGCUUCCGAAUGUUGAACUCGGGCUUCGGCCUGGUCUGCUCCUGCAGGUUUUUCCACUCGUCUAAGGUCAUCUCCUGAACUUGAGUUUCUUCCUCCACCUCCAACUCAGGAACUCUGUGAAGAGGGACAAUUGUGGAAAAAUCACUGCCGCUGGGACUGAAAUGUCUAUUCUAGCAAAGAAAUAGCUCGGUUUAGUGCACUUUUGUGGAUCUCAGGUGUAAUUAAGAAACACCUCUGCAUCGCAGGCUUCCCUGUUUCAGUCCCAUCUUUUCACGUGUGGCUGCAGAGCAUCUCGGGAUGUGGGGACGGUAGCGUCCCGAUGCUACAAUCAUCACACCUCACCACCCACACUUUCCCUCCCGAUGGCGGACAGACAAAAUGAGACCACAGGGAAGAAAAUGCAAGAAGCCUGGGAAGAGCAGUGGGAAGCCGCGAAUGCACACGUCUGAGAAUGUUCUCCACAAACACAGGCCUUCCAGUCUACUCCUCAUUCUGGUCGCGUCUCUAGUACGCAUAUCUAGUAGUCUGUCCUGGGAGAGGACAGAGAAGUGCAACCCUCCUUCCAGCUUUUUCUACACAAAUUGCCACUAUCAGGAAAUAGGAAAGGUGACAUCAUUAUAGAGACUCGGCAGGUGUCAAAAGGUAAAUGGCUGCAUAUGUAAACAGCGUUGUGCCAGUAAGUCAAACCAGUGAGAUGAAGUAGGCACAACAUACCAAAGCCUAUUCAGCAUCCAAGCUCAUCAGCCCCAUAUCUACUGGAGAAAUUUCAAUCUACAGCAAAAAACACAGACAAAACCUUCCCAUAAAGAAAACUUCAGCUGGGCAUGUCGGUGCACACCUGUAAUCCCAGCAGUUUAGAAGGCGGAAACAGGAGAAUCACAAGUUCAAGACCAGCCUAGGAGGCCCUAAGCAACUUAGUGAGACCUGACUCAAAAUUUUAAAACAUUAAAUAAAAAAGAACUGGAGAUAUAGCUCAGUGGUCAAAAAACAAACAAACAAAUAAAAAACUUCAGAUGGCUUCACUUGUGAAUUCCAAUAAACACUAAGAAAUGCAAAUUCCAUAGAAACCCAGAAGAACAGAAACUUCUGGGCACUCUUCAACUCACUGUAAGAAGCUAGCAUUAACUAGAUACCAAAAUCAGGAAAACACACUAUUAGAAAGAAAAACUCUAUAUAGACAGUGUGCUUCACAACGUUUCAGCCAAAUUUUAGGUAACCAAACCCAAGGAAACAUGGGAAAGAGAACGACAGGGCUCACUCAGGAAUGCAGGGCUGAUGUGACACUGUGACAUCACAGGUCGGGUGUGGCAGUGCCCGCCUAGGAGUCCAGCAACUAGGGAGCUGAGGUGGGAGAACCACUUGAGCCAGGAGUUCAAGGCCAGCCUGGGCAACACAGCGAGACCGUCUCAAAAAAAAAAAGCCCCACUAAUGGAUCAAAUCAGCAAGUUUUUUUCUUUUUUGUUUUUGUUUUUUGGGGUGCUGGGGAUUGAACUCAGGGUAUUAUGCAUGUAAGGCAAGCACUCUACCAACUGAGCUAUAGCCCCAGCCCCUCAAAUUAGCAAGUUGAAAAAGAAAACCAUUUAAUAAUCUCAACAGAUACAGAAAAAAAAACACUUUAAAAAUUCAACAUUUAUUCCUAACAAAAACUCCCAGUAAACUAAGUACUAUGAAAUCUUCUUAAUCUUUGUUUGCUUUUUGGUACCAGGGAUUGAACUCAGGGUCACUCGACCACUGAGCCACAUCCCCAGCCCUAUUUUGUAUUUUACUUAGAGACAGAGUCUCUAAAUAAAAGUUGCUUAGCACCUCACUGAUGCUGAGGCUGGCUUUGAACUCACGAUCCUCCUGUCUCAGGCUCCUGAGACAUUAGGAUUGCAGGCGUGCACCACCGUGCCCAGCUAAAAUGUAAUUUUUUAAUAGUAGCGAUAAUGAAUGCUUUUCUCCUAAGCUCACUCACAGGCAAAGAUGUCUCCUCUCAACAUUCCAGUGGGAGUCAAUAAGACAAGAGGAGGAAGCAAAAGGCAUAAAAUCAGAAAGAAUAUUAACACGGUGUGUGCAGACAAUACAAUCAUCUACACAGAAAAUCCAGUAGAAGCUGCAGAUUAGUGGAGAGAAUUAAUAAGGAGUUAAGCCUAUAGGAUACAAAGUUGGUACGCAAAAAUCAUUUUUAAAAACGUUCUAGCAAAAAAUAAAUAAAAGACAUAUACGUCAACAGAAAACAAUUCAGAGUUCAGGAAAAAGCCUCAUAUUUUGGUCAACUGAUCUUUUAUAUUUUUAAGACCAAGGUGCCAAAGACAAUUCAAAGGAGGAAAAAUCUAUCCAACAGCGGUGCCAGGACAACUGGACGCCACACGCAAGAGAGGGAGCUGGAGCCCUGCCGCACGCCGUGGAGAGAGCGUGUGAAACUCCGCAGUCCAGGCCCGGGCCUUCCUGACCUGGAGUGAGCAGUGGCUUCUUCCUGUGUCACCAAAAGCACAGGCAAAGAAACAAUUAAGACAUCAUCAUUAACAUUUUAAAAUUUUGUGCUGCAAAGGACACCAUCAAGAAAGUGAAAAGAAAAGCCAUGGAAUGGGAGAGGAAAUUUACAGAUCGUUUAUCUGAUAAGGGAUUUGAUCUAAGAUUAUCUGACAAAGGAUUAUGAAUUCUAACAUAGGACCCAACUAAAAACCAGUCGAGGAUCUGAAUAGAUAUUUUUACAAAGAAGAUACACAAAUAGCCAAUAAGAUGUGCCACAUCAUUAGCCAUCAGAGAAAUGCCAAUGAGUCAGACCAGGGCAACCCACUAGGAUGGCCAGAAUCAGAGACACCCAAGUGCUGGUGGGAACAUGCAAAGAUCAGAGCUCAGGCGCACGGCAGGGGCUGAGGAAUGAUGUGGUCACUUUGGGAAACAGAAAUUGAAACGUAGGGUGAAGCAGCUGAGCCAGAAAUUUUACUCUUGAAUGUAUACCAAGAAAAAUCAAAACAUGUCCACGUCAAGACAUCCUGAGUGUGGACAGCAGCAUUGGUCAUUAUAGCCAAAAGACAGAGAAGACCUCGACGUCUAACAAGUGAGGAACAGAUAAACAAAAUACAGUACAUUUGUAAAGGUAUUAUUUGGCAAGUAAAAAAAACCAAAAUACUAACACAUGUCACCAGGGCAAGGGAGCCUGAUGCCCUCAAGGAAUUAGGGGGAUGAAAGGAGUCAGGCUGGACAGGCAGGUGUGUCUUCUGGGCAGGAUCACAGUGACCUGAAAUGUCCACAGGGGACAAACAAGGACACCAAGCACGUCGGGCCGACUCUCAGUGGGUAUGGGGGUUUCCUCCUGGGACAGUGAAAUGUUUUGGAAGGAGAUGGGGUGACAGGUGUGUCAUACUGUGGCAGUACAUGUCAUGGGGACUAUGCACUUCAAAAGGUUAAAAUAGUAAGUUUUGUAUGUAUUUUAGCACCAAGAACAACAAAAACCAUUUUUUUAAAGAUAAUACGCAGAAGUGGAAGGAGCGAGGUGUGAUGCCCUAUGACAUGCAGAGCCUGACAGCGCCAUGCCACAUGGGGGUCACUCAGGCUACAGGCGACUCCGAUCUCAAGAGGCACAGAACCAGCGAACUCCCAAACGGUGAGACACAGGAUGCCCGGGGCCAGGGGUGACCAGAGCUGGCUGGGUGGAUGCUAGAGUUUGCCCAGGAUGAGGAGAAAGUUCUGGAGAUGGCGGGGACGGCUGCACACUCACAGCUGUGAGGAAGCACUAAAUCAGGUAUGCAAAAUGGCCAUUCAUGUUAAUUAUAUUUUAUCGCAGUUUAAAAAAUACUGGAACAUUGAAUUAUAUACAGUGACUGAGUUGUACAGUCGGAUAAUUCUCUCUCACUAAAAUUGUUUAAAAGUAAAAAAAAGAAGACAGGGAGUGGGGGAGGGUCCAUCUGCACCUUCACCAAAGGGCUGGCAUGCUCAGGGUCCUACAGCCACUACUGGGUGACGACAUGAGACAUGCAGCUGUCAUCAGGAAGGACCCUGACCACAGGCCCCAGACGCGCAUCUGCAGGGCCUUCAGUGGCGGUGGAAAACCUCUGCGGCCGCGGCUGCCUGUAAGGGUGACAGGAGGAACUGUCCGGUGCCUGGCAGGCUUCUGCAUUCACAGAUGUCCAGGCCCCACAAGCACACGCCCUUGUCCAACAGGGGACGUGCACUUGGGCUCUGCACAUUUCAUGGUGUGAAGACCUUACAUCCAAAUAGACCAAACAUACUGACUUCCACACGUCAAUGAUGUGCACCUUGAGCUACGGGGAGGUGGACGGACACCUUCGGUUCACGGUGAAGUGUACCCCACACAAUAUACUGAUGAAGACAGAUGAGAGGAACAAGAGAGCCGAGCUGCAAAGCUUGGGUAGUAGGAAUAGACGGUUCCUGUAAAAUGCCUUAAAGUGUGCUGUUCGAGAAGUUUCCUAACAAAAUGCAGGAAAGUACGGAUUAAAAUAGACCUCAAACAUAUAUUGUUAACAAUAUGAAAAGCUCUUAAGAAAAGACUCUAUGGGAAUAGCUCAGCCCACUUAGAGAGGAACUUGAUGGAAAAAUUAUGGUUAAUCACGUGCAGACACUAACCAGCCAACAAGGACACAGGGCUGUCUAUACACUGGAGCAUCUCCCAGACCCGGCAAGGAAGGAGGGGGGGACAGUGUGUGACCACUGGGAAGUGCAAAGGCAGUCAAGAGCGUGUGCGACACAUGCACGCUCACACACACUCGAAAUUGGAAUAUAAGCUAGGAAAGAAUAGGGAUAGAAAAUAGUUGAAAAUACCACGUUUUUCAGACUGAAUUUUGGAAAUAUGUAAAUCUUUUACAUGAUUACCAAAUGAAAAUCAAUCUCUAUAAUUUGAAAGCAAAAUGAAUCAAAAUUAACCUAAAUGUUUGUCAAGCUGGUGAUACAGCCAUUGACAGGCUAUUUCAAAUGGCUUUAAAUACAAAUCUGAUGGCUGUCUUGUCCUGAGUGACUUUUUAGCAGCUGUGUUACUGAAGGCAGUUUGGGCUGGAACAUUGAAUUAUAUACAGUGACUGCUGUGUUUGGAGCGGAUGCCUGAUGGGGUGACACCACAGAGCGCCAAGAUCCCCAGUAUUCAAAGAAAGGAGAAGCACGUAAGAAAGGUCAGGUAAAGACCCUCCAGACUCGAUCUAAUCAGCAAGUACUGAAGGAACUUGUUUCAUCUCACGAUGUUUAUGUAUCUGUCUAUUCCAGCUCUGUCCAUUGAGCGCCCUAAGGAUCAUCAAAAGCCUAGGAGUGGCUCCUAAUUAAGGCUGCCUUCCUAAAAGUGACACACUGAUGGCAAAUGACCACUGAAAGGAUGCUCAACAUGGUCAGUCAUCAGGGACAGGCAAAUUAAAACCACAAUGGUCAAAAGUUGUAAAAGCUGACCCUGCCACGUAUUGGCAAUGACACAAAAGAACUAAACUCUCAUUUACUGUCGGUGGGAAAAUAAUAAAGAUGCAACCAUGCUGGGAAGAGUUUGGCAGUUUCCUACAAAAGUCAACAUCCACCUGCCACCUAGAGUCCCCCGCUGCAUCCCCAGGUAUUCAUCCAGAAGAAACUAAGGCGGGGCUGGGGCUGGGGCUGGGCUCAGGGUGGAGCCCCUGCCUGGCACUGAGAGGCCCUGGGUUCCAUCCUCAGCACCACAUAAAAAUAAAUAAAGACAACAAAGGUAUCGUGUCCAUCUACAGCUAAACAAUGAAAACAAAAAAGGAAUGAAGGCAGACGUCACAAGGGACUUGUCUACACCAAUGUCUGCAGUAGCUUUUAUAACAAAGACUGGAAGCAACACAAACCACCACCACCUGAUCACACAGGGACAGGUGUGUCUGAGUGACAGCACAGGCUCGGCCACGGGGACACUGAGGCACAGGCUGGCCACAGGGAGAGACACUGAGAGUGCAGCAGCGCAGACAAGUCUCAGAGUCCAGGCUGUCCAGACGCACUGAAGCAGAAUCAUGACAACUGCAAACUAAUACAUAGCGACAGAGAGUGGAGGGCGGGAGAGAACUGACGGGAACACAGGACACUCCGGGAGGAUGUGUACUUUGGUGUUGAUUCAACCAAGUAGUUUUAAAAAAGUUUUGAGAUAAUCAGGGAGACUGAUGCGCUGCCCUGCUAUUAACGGUGUUAAGGAAGCAUCGGAACUUCUGGAUGGUGUGAGGGCCCCCCGACAUCACGUCCCGAGCAGUCAUGAAUGACGAGUGGCAUCUUGGGGGUCUGAGUGGAGGGGGAGGAGGUAGGCACGCCCUGGAAUGGCUGUGAUCUGACAAGGCUUUAAGCAGAACAAAUUACAGGGACCUUCCUUACUUGCUUUAUAUAAAUUUUCCCAUCAUUUUUUAUGCAGAGCUAAAAGUAAAGAAAUAUUAAGGGUCAUAAAUCUUCAUUAGGCAGCUUGUGACAGAACUAAGAAAUCAGAACUGGAUGUUAUAAAUUUGGGGAUUCUUUCAUAACUAAGAAAACCUAAUAAAAGUUAAUAAAUUCCAGAAGGUUCAGUAAGAAGAGAUUUUGUAUUGAGACAACACAGGAAACACUUAGUAUUAACAGAUUUUUGUUUGAGAUUUAGUUCAUAUCUAAAGAACUGGAUUCAAGCAGUACAAGGCACAUAAAUGCAACCUUGAAGUGACCCAGGCACCUCAAGCAAAGCAGGUGGGACUCAGAGCCUGUGCCAGGUGAUGCCCUCUACAGAGAACCAGCCAGGCCCGCACUGGAGGACACAGCGGUAGGUGCCCUUGGCACCUUCUCCUGGUGACUUGCAGGUCCACAAGCCAUGCCAUGUACGGCAAGGUCACCAAGGACAGGCUCCUCAGCCUUGUGCCCUAAAAUACGUGUGACGACAUUCUGUGACACGCGUUCCCUUCAGUAAAUGAACAAGGCCAGCCCUCUGUGAUGGGACGAGGCCAGACUCUCGAGGAAAUCAGCCUGUGGCCCCAAGGGAGGGGGAAGAAGCCCCUACUUGGCUGGAGACUCCUCUUCUGGGAGGCCCUGGGACUCCUGCAUCGCCGCUGUCUCCUCCAUCGGGGCAGCCAGCUCCGCGUCACUGAAAAACAGCAAGAGCCCCUCUGUUCACAGGGUACAGGCACACAUCACUCUCUGCAUCUGAGACAGAGACGCACGUGCUCAUGUCCUUUUGCUCGAGGGCGCACUCUUCAAGAAGCUACACACACAGGUUUCCACGUCCAAACCAAAGAAGGAACGGUCUGAAUUGCUUAUUCACGUAAAUGACUUGCAAAAUGGUUAAAGUUCUUUGGCAAAAAUGAUUCUGUGAAUGAUCUAAAAUUUAAAAAAAAAACAUAAAUUAUUAGGAAAAAAUAUUCAGAACUCUUUUUUUUCUUGAACCGGGGAUUGAACCUAGGUUUGCUUAACCACUGAGCCACCUCCCCAGACCUUUUUAUUCUUUAUUUAGAGGCAGGGCCUCCCUAAGUUGCUGAGGCUGGCUUGGAACUCGCAAUCCUCGGCUGCUGCACGACUAUACCCACACAAAACUCUUAUUUUCCAUUUAUUAAAUGGAGCCAUAAGAAUUCUGAAACUGUAAGUAUUAAAUGAUUUAUUAAACAUAAGAUUAUUCCAUACCAAACUAUUUGAAAAUGCUAACAAGGUGAGACAGAUCCCACAAACUGAGCAGGUGUGACUACAGACAGACCGUGACAACUGCUCCGGAAACACAGCACUGUGCAACCUGGCUUUCUACACCGUCCCCUCCAGACGCACCCGUGAGGGAAAAUAGCUUGGGUUUCAAUUCACAUCUUGGUUUUUAUUUUUAUCUGAACAUUAAUCCUAUCUGAGCAUUAUUUUUAAAAGUCCCAGCAAAAGAAAUUUCGCUUUCAGUAAACUGCUAUAACUACAUGUCCAUUAGAAGUAUUUUACAGUCUACAGACAGAACCCAGGUUUCUUUUUUUGUUUUUUUUUUAAUCCUACCUCAGGUAAAAAAGUUUCAUGGAGGCUUUAAAAGUUUAAGUUAAGGGGCUGGGGCUGCAGGUCAGUGGUGGAGCGCUUGUCUGGCAUGUGUGAGGCAGUGGGUUCCAUCCUCAGCACCACAUAUGAAUAAAUGAAUAAAUAGAAGUAUUGUCCAUUUACAACUAAAUAUAUACCAAUCAAAUAAGUAUAAAAAUAAAUAAGUUACAUAAGUUGAAUUGUAAUAAUAGAUCAUUUCAAUUUAAAUAAUUUUUAAAUUCUAAGCUCCAAGCAAUUAUGAUCAAGUUUUAAAACCUGUUUUUUAAAAUUUGAUUAUCUUUUACUUUUAAAAAACAAAAAAGGAUCCUAAAUGAAAUGCUGGGGAGGGGCACAGCAGUGGUCUGCUCGUAGAAGCUGCUUCAGGAACCCAUAGCUGCAUAUCACAACCCGGGGGUCCCCUGACUUAAGCAUCCAGUAGCCCUAAGGCCCACCAGCAGCUGCAGGGAUCAAGGACAACUUUCUCUUUAUUCCCUUGGCCACAGAACAAACCAAGGGGAUAAAAAAAAACAGGUUUACUGGCAGUUUAUAAAAUUAAAGAUCAUAAAAAGGUUACAAAGAUAAAGGGAAGAAAAAGUAGAAAUAAUACCAAAACCAGACUCUGUAAAAAUCAGUAUUUCUUCAACUUAAGCAAUUAUAAUUUUGUGGAAAAGAAAAAUCACAGGUCUCCCCCUUGUGUUGACCUAAAUUAUUUUAUGAAUAAACAAACCUAAUGUGCCUAUAGCUCUUAUGGAACCAUCUGACCAAAACUACAAAACAAGUUUCAAAAUCAGCUACAAUUUAUUUUGACAAAUAAUAUUUUUUUCUUAAAAAGUAAAUUGCCAAGCUGGGUGUGGUGGCACAUGCCUGUAAUCCCAGUGACUCAGGAAACGGAGGCAGGAGGGUCACAAGUUCAAAGCCAGCCUCAGCAAUUUACCAAGACCCUGUCUCAAAGUAAAACAUAAAAAGGACUAGGGAUGUGGACUAGUGGUUAAGUGCCCCAGGAUUCGAUCCCUGGUACCAAAAUAAAACCAAAAAAUCACCGAUGUUGAAUUCAGUACAAGAAAGAUACAGCCCAGGGCCCACACCUGCACUGGAACUUCGUUACACUAGGCAGGAAUGCCUGUUUGUGCAUAGUGUUUCACAGAAGGACGGAACCGACCUAGCUCAAAUUCAGUCCGACUCCACACUUAGACAAAUGUUACUUGACAGCCAUGUAAUGCAGUCUUUGUAAAGCAGCCAGGUUCGUUAGUGCACUCCUGUAAUCCCAGCAGCUCAAGAGGCUGAGGCAGGAGGAUGGCGAGUUCAAAGCCAGCCUCAGCCAAAAGCGAGGCCCUAAGCAACUCAGUGAGACCCUGUCUCUAAAUAAAAUACAAAACAGGGCUGGGGAUGUGGCUCAGUGCCCCUGAGUUCAAUCCCUGGUAUCCCCCCCUCAAAAAAAAAAGUUGGAAGGCAGCAUUAUAGACAAUUAACAAUUGUUAUACUUUUUAAUUGCUACAUAUGGAAAAAAAAACAUUUUCAGCAAAUCCAUUUUCACCCUAUUAAACUAUCAAAGAGAACCAGUAACAUUGGAAAUGGCUCAGUUACUGCAGUUUGAAAGCAUCUUAUCUUUAAUUUUACUCACUGCUGCUGACAAGGCUACCACUGGCCAGCGUAAGUAACUACUUGGGGACCCAGAUGAAUUAAGGUGGUAGGUAAAUUAGAUGACUUGGAAGGUGCUUGGGUUCCAUAGAACCUCAGUGACAAAUCUUUUAAUUUUGGUUUAUUUAGCUUUAAAACACAUUUUUAAAAACACAGGACAGUGAUUCAAGAAAAAUGAGUUCAGGUAAAAGGAAGAAAAGCAGAACAGGUGCCCCCGAGCCUGCAGGCAUCUGGAAAGCUAGCCAACAACACUAUCCUGCGACACAGCACCUCCCUCCUUUUCCUCCUCUGCUGGCACCAGGAUGGCAAAACCAAGCACCCACCCUACCCAGUAAAACUGGCACAGAUCCAAGGCAAUAUGAGCCUCAGGAGAAACCUGUGAUUGAGCUUCAACCUGCAAAUGAUUUUACAAAUGAAAAUACGAUAUCAAGGAUCUACAGGGACUCUGGAAGGUCACAGAAAAACACAGAAUAUGCAGGAAUUUCAAAAGCUGGUGAGACAUGCACAUGUACCGGCUACAUGUGCACCAGCAAACACAGGGUCAUCUGUCAUGAAGUUGUCUGGCUAAACUGUGAUAAAAUAACAGAUCUUUAAGAGCAAUUUCACACCUAAAUACGAAACAGCAAACAUGUUUUUUUUAAUAUUUAUUUUUUAGUUUUCAGUGGACACAACAUCUUUAUUUUAUUUGUAUGUGCUGCUGAGGAUCGAACCCAGCGCCCCGCGCAUGCCAGGCGAUCGCACUACCACUUGAGCCACAUCCCCAGCCCUGGCAAACAUGUUUUAAAAGUUAUCUCCUGUGGGCUUAAUGGUGCUCACUUAUAAUCCCAGCAGCUCAGGGGGCUGAGGCAGGAGGAUCACUAGUUCAAAGCCAGCCUCAGCAACUUAAUAAGGCCCUAAGAACUCAGCGAGACCCUGUCUCUAAAUAAAAUAUUUAAAAAAGGGCUGGGGAUGUGGCUCAGUGGUUAAGUGCCCCUGGAUUCAAUCCCCAGUUCCAAAAAAAAAAGUUACCUUGGUUUAAUUUCAGGAUUUGGUGCACACACACACACACACACACACAAGCUGUCUCACUAAAACAAAGCCUAGAAUCAAUCUCUACUUAAAGACAUGUAGUAUGAAGCACAAGAGGACUUCAUUCUCAAAGAAAAUUUUAAAAAGCAAAUAAAGAUCCAUAAAUCCCCAUCUAAAUGGAGGCUCCCUGAGGGCACACGGCUGCAACUUACCUGGUGUCUCUACCGGAUCCCCAGGUGCGAACUCCACACCCACCUGUGCUGUCUUCAGUUCUGAGAGCCCUGGAGGAAGAAAGAAUAUCCCCUAAGCUGGAAGCUGGUCUCCAGUCAAGGCCUAAGUCAUAGAAAGCUGAUUGUAAAAGAUGUUCCAGAGUCAGUUUCCCACAAGAGAGAGCUCACAGAACAUGAACAGAAGCCAAUUGAGUGCUACCACACAGCGCACACACUCAUGCUCUAUGCUGCCAGCGACGUGCAGGGGAAAGGGCAUUUAGGGAGACUCACGUUUUGUCACUCCCAGCAUAUCUUUCAAAAUCCCGUUUCCCUCUCUGGUCAAGGGUGUCGACAGCUCGGUUCCCAGAACCACCUCUGCCCCUGCUCCGCAUGCCCCCUCUUGGGCCGCCACGUCCUCUCGGAGGUCUGUCUCGGUCAAACCUGUCAACUGGUCUGGAAGACAUGGGUUCAAUAAAACCUGGAGAACUGGACUGAAGGUCUAAAACCUGUUUGAGAAAACAAUCCCAGAAGGACAUCCUGGCUCUAGUACGCUGGAAAGGACGGUGGCUGGCAUAAAAUGUCACCCUGUCUUCACUGUGUGCCCACCACACCUGGGGUCCUUCUGAAGACCUCACAUGUGGAAUUUCACAAGCAAAUCUAAGAUAUACACCUGAAGAGGGUGACUGGCUCAAGGUCAAGGUCAUGCAGAGCUGCUGAGUUGGGGGGGUCAGUCCAGACCCCAGACAGGUCUUGAACUCACCUGCGCAGGGCGUCCUGAUCCCUAAGGAGACUCUAAGGCUCCGUCCCGUCCCAGUGCCGAUCUCUGCUUACUGAUUUCAUCCAGUAAGACAAAUGGCCGACUUUACAUCAUGCCCUCCCAGAUCUCCCUCGCCCACAGCCAGUGGGUGACACUUGGCAUUGAGAACACUGACCUGCCAUAACCCUUCAUGCUUCUUGAACUUCCAAGGUCAGCGGAGACCUGUGUGUUAAACCCGAUCGUCUCGGUCUGGUUUAACCUCCCUGUGUCAUUUCCCUCUGACCUUUCUGGAUUCCCUCUCCCAACCUGUCCUUGAAAACAUUGUUUCUUUAACAUUAGUCACCCAAAUGUGGCACCAAGUCCUGCGUUUCUUGGUCCCCCUCCACUUCUCAGUACAGCCACUUCUAGGUCACACCCCACUGUGAGCAUAGAAGCUCCAGAGAGCCACCUCCUCACCCCGGCACUCUUUGGCUUAGCCACCGCGUGCCACUCCCUUCCCGCUCACAGCCUCCGUGACUUCACCGAUGCCACCGGCCUGUCUCACGUGGGCCUCCCCGAUUCCAGGCCACAAGGCCAGCUGCCUCCUGGAUAUCUCCAGCUGGACAUCUCCCGCCCGGCAGAGACAUGACCUGUGCUGACCCUGGCUCCUGCCACGGUCCCUAACGCACAGGUAAGAGAACCCAUGCCACUCCUCCACUCCCUCCUGCCACCCGCCAACACCCGCCCUCCUCCGCCAGACCUGAGGCUCCCGCAGGAAACGACCACAUCUUUUUUGUUGUUAUAAAGAUUAAUAUAAGUUUUUUUUAAA